AUGGGGGAAAACAGGGAAAAUGGGAGUAACGUGGAGGAGGCCCGGCGCAUCCUGCGCGGGUUCGAGGCGGUGGUUCCGGGUAACGUGGAGGAGGCCCGGCGCAUCCUGCGCGGGUUCGAGGCCGUGGUUCCGGGUAAUGUGGAGGAGGCCCGGCGCAUCCUGCGCGUGUUCGAGGCGGUGGUUCCGGGCCUGGCCAUGAUGCCCUCACCCCAUAACCCCCCCAUGACCCCUUUUCCUCCCAUACCAGGUAACGUGGAGGAGGCCCGGCGCAUCCUGCGCGGGUUCGAGGCGGUGGUUCCGGGCCUGGCCAUGGUGCGGCUGCGCCGGGUGAGCCUGGAGCGCCGGCACGGGCGCGUGGCCGAGGCCGAGGAGCUGCUGCUCGAGGCCAUGAGGGCCAACGAGGGGCUGCCCCUGGGCUCCUUCUACGCCGUCAAACUGGCCCGGCAGGUCUGCAAAGUGCAGAAGAACCUGGGCAAGGCCCGCAAGGUGCUCGUGGAGGCCCUGGAGAAGGACCCGGAGAACGCCCGGCUCCACGCCAACCUGCUGGAGAUGGAGUUCGGGGCCGACGUGGGGCAGAACGAGGGGAACACCCUGAGCUGCUUCGAGCGCGCCCUGCGCAGCCCCCUCAGCGACGACGCCAAACUGCUCUUCUCCCAGCGCAGGGUCGAGUUCCUCGAGGACUUCGGCUCCAGCAUCCACAGCCUGCUCAAGGCCUACGACGAGCACCAGAAGAUCCUCAAGGCCCACGCGGCGCGGAAACGACCCCCCGAGAACGGGUCGGAGGAGCCCGAGGACAAGCGGCUCCGGCCCGAGGACCCCUCGGGGCUCUUGGGGGGCCCCCUCGGCUUCGGGGGGGGGGGGGAGCCCAACCCCUCCUACAGCAACUACUGGUACCAGCAGGGAUACGGCUCCUACGGCUACCAGAGCCCCUGGAAUUAUGGCCACUACUACGGGCAGAGCUGAGGGACCCCCACCCCCCUCCCUGUACAGUUCUUGGCCCCCCCACCCCAAAAUUUGGGGAGGGGGGGGUUGUAAAUAAAGGAGAGGCUCUUGAGGA